CUGUUCUCAUGUUUACAUUUUCCUCUGGCCUGGAGGAGAACUUUUGGGAAGAGGAAUGACUGAAAUCAAAAAACAACUUCUGCAGCUUAAAGUUGGAACUGGAUGGGCGGAUGGGCAAAGGCAAGCCUGGAUGAGCAAGAGAGACCUUGGGACAGCUGGAGAGAGAGAGAGGAGAGAGAGAGGAGAUCCAUCGUAACUUUAGAAGAACUCAGUGGAUUAGUGGAGUGGAGGAGUGCACAGAGAACUGCAGCAGGAACAGCAGGACUAACAGAAAACUGCACUGAGGAACGUGAUGGACUAUUAUUAUUCAUCCUAAGGACCUGAACAACAGUCGAUCAGAAUGGGGAACACAGACAGUCAGUACAGCAGUUUCAUCAUCCCCAGCAGGUCUCGGCCAUGCUCUCUGAAGAUAAACUCCUCCAAAGAGGAGGCUUUAUCCCCCCACAGCUGGUGGAGGAGCACAGGAGGGGGAGCAUCGACUUAUAAGACCCGCGGCUCACCCAGAAAUGGACAAAACCAACACAAAAACGGUCAGCCGUAUGCCCCCCGCCACUGCGAAUACAUCAAAAGCAACAAUAACAACAAGCAGCAGCACAGCUCCAUUCAAAACAACAGCAAACUGGACUACGAGUGUCUCCUGACCCAGCAGAACGGCUGCUAUGUCCCAAGCAGUAGCCCUCGAUCUGCUGCCAGAAGCUCUGGCUCUGAAGCUUCUCACAGUAGGAACAGUCCCAAGGUGCUUUUUAGUCAGGAUGGAAGUUUGCGGGUGGAGUUUACCAACAGCAGGCCAGAGCUGGACGAUGUCCCUAAAGACUCCACGCUGAGAGACAGUAAAGGCAGCUCCCUCAGCUCUGAGGCAUCUUGGUAUGAUUCUCCGUGGGGCGCUGGCACGGAUCUGUGUGAUAAUGUCUUUACCAGUGGUCAACCUUCAGAUAGCAGCGGCUACACCACUCUGUCCUCCACACGCACUGAUGACUUCAGCUCCUGCCCCACAUCCACCCUGGACGGCCAUGUGAGUGACCUCCUUCACCAGCCCUUUCGCCAGGCCAGGAUGAACAGCAACCAGUACAGCAGCAGCGUUUAUGUGCCCAGCUAUUCUGGAUGCGCUGAGGAGGACAGUGGCAUCGGAGACUCUGUCCUGCUCUCUAUAGAGCAGAAAGACUUUGGGCUGACCUCUUUCGGUGACCUCUACACUAACCCAAACCUGACAGGACCAUUUCCCACGACUGGAAUACUGCCGUCAGGUCAGGUCCAGGACACUCCUGACCUCCGAGAAGAGAGUUCAGCAACCCAGGCUUUUUCCUCUCUCACAUUACCCUGCAGAAAACCGGUUGCCGACAGCAACAGCAGGAAGGACUCGCUCAAGAGCCGAAUCCGCCGCCUCAGCGACUGGACAGGCAGUCUAAGCAGGAAGAAACGGAGGCUGCAGGAACCCAGUGCUCUGGAGGCCUCAGAGCCAUUUAGCAGUGGAGUGGAUGGUCUUCUGGGUGACUCCAGUCUUCAGCUGGGCUGCGGGCCAUACUGGAGCAGUCUCGUGUCCAGCCAGACGCAGUCGGCCUGCUCUCUAACUGACCCUGUGCAGCAGAGCCAGCGGCAGAAUGUUUAUGAGAACUUCAUGCAGGAGCUGGAGCCGGGUGGCAGCAGUAGCAGUGGUGCGCUGGCGGACACUCUGCAGGCGUGGGAGUGUGACGGAGAACAGGGUGAAAGCAGCAGUGGAUCUCUGGGCUCUUUGGAGCAGAUGGAGCUGCUGUUUGAGAAGGAGCAGGGUGUGGUGCGCAGGGCUGGCUGGCUGGCCUUUAAGCCGCUCAUCAACCUGCAUAAGGAGCGCAAACUAGAGCUGGUCACUCGCCGUAGGUGGAGGCAGUACUGGGUCACACUAAAAGGCUGCACGCUGCUGCUGAGUGAGGCCAAUGGUAAAGGCUGCCCGGAGCAGGACGCCAGCCCACGUUACGCCCUGCAGGCCGAGGACAGCAUCGUACAGGCCGUCCCAGAGCACCCCAAAAAGGAGCACGUCUUCUGUUUGAGCAAUGCUUACGGAGAUGUCUUCCUGUUUCAGGCUGCUAACCAAACUGACCUGGAGAACUGGGUGACAGCCAUCCACUCGGCCAGCGCCUCACACCUGGCCAAGCGUCAGGGCAAAGAGGAUACGGUGCGGCUGCUGAGGAGCCAGAGCAAAACCUUGCUGCAGAAGAUCGACAUGGACAGCAAAAUGAAGAAAAUGGCUGAACUGCAGCUGACUGUCAUCAGUGACCAGAAGAACAGGAAGGCUGUUGAGAGUCAGAUCCAGCAGUGGGAACAGAACCUGGAGAAGUUUAACAUCGAGCUGUUCCGAAUGCGCUGUUACCUGGCCAGCCUGCAGGGCAGCGAGCCGCCCAACCCAAAGAGCCUUCUGGCUGCUGCCGGACGCCCAUCCAAGAUGGCUCUCAGCCGUUUGGGAAUUUUCUCUGUCUCAUCUUUCCAUGCCCUGAUGUGCACUCGUGACGAGGCCACUCUGAAAAGACGUUCUCGCUGCCAGUCUCGAGCCGUUCGGAGUAAGCGCGGCAUUUUCUCCUCUCAGAAAGGCCUGGACAGUCUGACCAGACGAAACCACGAAAAGAGGCAGUCCCUGUCCCAGAUAUUUGAAGGACAUCCCCCUGCAACUCUCUGCCAUCCAGCAAUGCAGAGCAGCUCUGAGCAGAGACUAGAUGGUUUGGCCAAACUGCAUUCCGCAGCACCCCCCGAAGGCCAUUCCUGGGACUGUCCUGUUGAGACCCUGAUGUUGGUGUCUAUGCCUGAUGGCCAGGCCGUCAGUGUUCCUGUGAAGCAGGAUUUCCUGGUGGCUGACCUGCUCUGUUUGGCCUGCAAGGGGAGACAGUUGGACCCAGUGUUCCAUUGCUUACGUGUGAAGAGGCAUUUGGGUCAGGACAUCGAGUCCUUCACUCCAGCUUCCACUGAUCUACUGAGAGAGCUAGUGUUUGAUGAGCUUGAGGUUUGUCCUCUUAACGUGUUCAUCUUAAACAUGUCACGUCCUAACACAGCCACGGAUUUUGGGUUUGCAGUAACGGGGCAUGUGGACGGCUUAAGGCGAAGCCACGUCUACGUUAGUGAGGUGCAUCCAGAAGGCCUGGCAUUCACUGAAGGGCUCAGGGCUGGAGAUGAGAUCCUGGCUGUGAACGGUGUGAGUGUGUCUACUCUGGACCUGGGCCUCAUACAUACAUUCUUCAGUCAGAACACCCUGCGGCUGGUCCUGCGGCGUGAAGAGCCCAUCUCAGAUGACCAGGGCAGCGUCUGGCCUGAGUGUGACCCCACUGACCCCUACUGCCCUCCUCCACCCCCCAACCACAGCCAUGCACAGCUGGGUUCCUCAGACGUGUGUCAGUUCCUGGAGGUUCCAGGAGAUUCGGUGGUGCCUCUUUCUGAGGAGGUGCGUGAUAAGGCCGAGGCCUGCAGAAAGAGUGUGGAGACAACAUGCACGCUGUACCAGCCCUUCCCAGAAGAUCCAGGCCUGUCUGUGGACGGCUAUAGAAACCCGUACUCCACCGACAGCGGCCCUGCUAGGGGCAGCCCGCGACACAUGUCCGUGACCGAGAGACUGCACAAGGUCAUUCAGGAGCUGGUGGACACAGAGAAGUCGUACGUGAAGGACUUAGGUUGUCUGUUUGAGAUCUAUCUGAAGCCUUUAGAGAGACAGACGUUCCUCAGCCAUGGAGAGAUGGAGUCUCUGUUCGGCAGUCUGCCGGAGAUGCUGGACUUCCAGAGGAUUUUCCUGCAGACACUGGAGGAGAGAACCACCUCAUCUCCAGACUUCAGGACACUGGAGACACCAGAGCAGCUUAGGAAACUUCUUUUCUCUCUGGGUGGAUCCUUCCUGUACUACGCGGACCAUUUUAAGCUCUACAGUGGCUUCUGUGCCAACCACAUCAAAGUGCAGAAAGUUCUAGAACGAGCAAAGACAGACCGGGCUUUCAAAGAGUUCCUGGAGGCGAGGAACCCCACCAAACAGCACUCGUCCACGCUGGAGUCCUACCUCAUCAAGCCUGUGCAGAGAGUGCUUAAAUACCCCCUGCUGCUGAAAGAGCUGGUAUCCCUGACUGACCCCGACAGUGAGGAGCACAGCCACCUCACAGAAGCAUUGAGGGCAAUGGAGAAGGUGGCCAGCCACAUCAAUGAGAUGCAGAAAAUCUAUGAAGAUUAUGGCACUGUGUUUGACCAGCUGGUGGCAGAGCAGAGCAGUACAGAGAAAGAGGUGACAGAAAUUUCGAUGGGAGAGUUCAUCGUCCACAGCUCUGCGCUCUGGUUGAACCCCAUGCCCUCGUUGGGCCGCAUGAGGAAAGACCCUGAACUCACACUCUUCAUCUUCAAGAGAGCAGUUAUUUUGGUGUAUCGUGAGAGCAGCAAGCUGAAGAAAAGGAUGCAGACUAGCUCCCGCUCCGGAGAUCUGGACCCCUUUAAAUUCCGCUGGCUCAUUCCUGCCUCAUCUGUACAGGUUCGCCCUGGAAACUCAGCAGGAUCUGAGGAUCCUUGUCUUUGGGAAUUAGUUCACACUAAGUCGGAAGUGGAAGGAAGACCAGAAACAGUCUUCCAACUCUGCAGCAGUAGUUUGGAGAACAAGGCCAAUGCAGUGAAGGCUGUCCGCUCCAUCCUGAGAGAAAAUUCCAAAAGGAAUGUUCCAGCUGAAAGAGGAUCCAGAGAUAAUCUGACGUUUCCCAGGAGGAGCCACCCAGCAGCAGUCAGAACCAGCUCCUGGCUCCAGAGGCUCCAGCCACAGUCAGAUGGACUUAAGCGCAGUCCACUGGAUUCAGAGGAGGGCAGACUUGGUGGAGAUACACAUUCAGAACCUGCAUGUGCUCCAAGAAAUGAAAGCUCCUCUCUUAGCAAGAGGGCCAGGCUGUGCUCCCUGACCGGCUCGCUGGAGGCUCAGCUUCAGAGGCUGAGCUUCAUGGACCCACAGGAAGCCACCCACAAGGACUCCAGCGGCCUGCAAUCCAGUCAGUUGACCCUGCUGGAGGAUACAUCUGCAGUGGACCUCAACUGCCUGCUGGCUAGAGACUGCAGCGUACAGAACCUGAACUCUGUCACAAAUGAAGACUGCUUCUAUGAUACGGUCAUGGGCAUCCAGAAAGCUGCCAUCCCCACAUUGUAGAUACAUGAGGGGUCAUCUGUUCUGGUCCAGGAGGGCUUUAGUCCAGCAGUUUGGGGAUUUCCCUGCUCAAACAUACACAUAUCCAAUAUUUCUUCUCUAAAAAUUCCUCAGCUUCAAAAUGAGCUAUUUUUAUAGAAGCACUUCAAUUAAAUUGAGCAUCUGAAAGUAGACAAUAAUGCUCAAACUGUCCAAGCACUACACCACAGAAAGAAAUACACAACUAAUAGUAUCACCUCUCAGUGUGACUGAAUACUAUUUAGAUUUGAAAGAUGACUUUUUUUAUAUACAUCAAAAUUCCUAUUUGAAAAACUUUCCAAAUUGCAAGAGGUGCAGUUUUAAUCAUUGCCUACAUUAUCAGGAGUAUUUUCUUAGGUUUUAAGAAGGGAAGUUUAACUUAACAAAGAGCUGUAAACUGCCAUAGAUGAGUAAGACCUGAUGGUUCCCAACCAUCCCCUAGACCUCUAGACGGCCCACAUUUUUCUUUCAUCCCUGUGUCAAAAUAUGUGGACUAUCUGGGCAGCUCUAGGGACCUGUUGUGAGAAUCACUGAGUUAGACCCUUCAGAAGUAACCAGAUAACCACAUCUGGCCUUGCUAGACUUGUACUUGCCUUGGUCUUCACUUCUCCUGGACCAGAAUUGCUGUAGAGGAACUGAUACCUUGGCUUACCGAGAAUACGCACAGCUUACAUAACAUUUAUGAUAUUUGGCAGAUACUCUAAUCCUGAAUAACCUAGAGCUUAACCAUGUUACAGAGGAUGUAGUGUUGGGAGUCUUGCCUAAGGACUCUUAGUGUAGAAUAGAGAAUGGAACCAUUGGCCUUCAUACAGCCCACUGUAUGGAGGCCAAUGGUGUUAUCCUCUACGCUACAUCACUGGCAUGCUUUAGCAUACGCUAAUUUAGCCAGUGGCUUUUGCACAGAUGCAGUGGACCUAAAGACAUGACGGAUUGGCCGAUUACAGUGUAAACGCUGGUCCUCAAGCGCGCUGCCUUGCAUUCUGAGCUCUACGAAACACACGUUGCCUUGAUUAGCUUUCUUAACACAAGCCAAGAAGAUUUGACAUUUGUGAAUACUGUGUCUUUAUAUUUAUACUGCUUUCUGACAAAGGCUCUUCUUAGUUUAGGAACAGCUUGAUUUAAUCAUGUUUUUACGAGCAGGAAGAUUCUGAGAAUAUUUUCUAAGUUAUAACUGUACAUCUCCUUCGUGUAAUUUGAUUCAGUGUUGUUGUUUUUUUUUUUGCGAUGGAUGUAGCAUGACUCUCAUUUCUUAAGAUAAAUACCUUUUGGAUAUGUUUCUUUGUUGUUUACUGUAAUUUACUGUAUUUAAAGUACCUCCUGAACUAUAUUGUCUUUUGUAGUGUUACUUAAUUUAUUUGUAAAAAUAUGCUAUAUCCGCAACCUGGCCAGCUCUUGACCUUAAAAUAAGCUUAUAUUGUAAUAUUUAAUAAAAUAUCUCUUCUGCUCUUCCA